GCAGCACAAGAUGGGAGUGUUUUCGUUUUCUAGUGAUGCAUUAUUUUUUAUUUUCUUCGCGCUAAUUAGUUGCAAUUAAUUGUUAAAAAACACUUUUAAUAUAGUUCUUAUUAUAGCGCGUAUCCAAUUACUAUAUUGGCAAUAGUGCAGCUUCCAUGAAAGCUGGUGAAAACCGCAAACGAAAAUUGCUACAACGACGACCUCCAAUACAAAGUGGGAAAAAUCGAACUUUGUAUACGCGUGCGUGUGUGUGUGUGUGUGUUUAAUAAGUUUACAAUUAAGAAAAUUGAAUUUGUGUGGCCAAAAAUAUGCAAUAUAUAUAUGUAAAUUAAAUUUCAUAUUGUGCAAAAAUGAAUGAAAUGCACUUACGCAGCAAUAAUCGAUAAUUAAAUAAACGAGCAACACAUCUCCCCCUCCCCACACCUUAUCAACAAUAAACUGUGAGGAAAAAAGCAGCAAAAUGGAAGUGGAGGAAACUAGCGAAAAUGGAUUUAAACUGGGUUUUCCAGAAGUGGGCACCUGGAAUCAAUCACACAAUGUCCCGCUGGAGAACAUGAAAAUCGAUGCACCCAUGAUAUGGCUGCUCUGCUCUUUGCUCACCACCAUCACCUGGGUCACCUACAAUAACUUUUAUAAUUCGCGUCUGAUCGGAGUGCUGAUCACAAAGAUUGCGAAUCGUUGGUUUAUUAAGGGUGCAUAUUUCAAGAUCGGAUCUGUGGCGCUGAAUCCUUUGGCGGGCAAGAUCAUGUUUCGCGAUUUUGUGUACAUCACGUAUGAUUAUACGAUGCGCGUGCAGGAUGGAUAUUUCAUAUUUCGCUGGUGGCGAUCCUAUGUGCCCAAGGAUGUCUCCGAAGAUCUCUCGCACUCGGAUACACGAUUGUCCGUGCAGUUAAACGGAUACGAGCUACAUAUUUAUAAUCGCUCGGAUUUGUAUGACAAGCUGGAGAAGAAUUUUGGACUAGAGCCAUCGCUGCUGAUACCGACGGAUGUGCUGAGCAAUGAGGAGCGUAAUAAACUGCGAGAGCACAACAUGAACAUGGAGAAUGCACGGCAAAGUCAACGUGUGAAUGCCGUCAAGAACUCUGAGGCCAUGCAGGCGACAACAUGGCGUGAUUUGAUACCUGUGAUCAAGAUAGACAUUAGCUCGGGUCGGUUUGUCUUUGGCAAUCGCCUGACCCCGACCACACUCUCCAUUUCCAUGGAGGAAGCCCAUUGCACCUACAGCACGAAGCCGGCAGUUUGUCGGCUCGAUCACUUCAUGCACUUUGUGAAAGCGAAAGUGGAGAAUGCCAAGGUUCUCUUCUGCCCCAGCCCCAAGUAUACGGGUCUCAUCGAUGAGCCGCCACGUUAUAUGGGCGAAGGUUUUGUGGUCAUGAUGUCCAAUCAAAUGGAUUUAUAUUUCUACAUGGAUGAGCCAGGCGUUGUACCCGAGGAGCCCGUACAGAUUGUGCUGGCCAAUGGCGAUGUGGUGGAACCAUCGCCACCAGUUUGGGGCAUCAAUGCGCAUUGCCUGAAGGGCACGGACUUUAGCUACGGUCCCUGGGCGGAUAGACAGCGCGAUCAUUUGUACAAAUACUUUUAUCCAUCCGACUGGAAAGAGGCUCAAGUUACGCCCACACCACAACCUGGAGAACUACGUAGCUAUCAAUCAUUUGAUGUGACGCUCUGUGUGCUGAACGAGGCGACAAUUGAUAUACUCUUCUCCAAAGAGAAAGAAACGAAUGCAAUGCAUAUAACUGUUGGCCCCGCCUCCUAUGUGGAGGUGACAAUUCCCUGGGUAACGCUACAAGAUGGCUAUACGUCAAAGAUUCAGGGACAACUGUUCCAUGUGGAGGCCACGACUUCGUUACAGUAUCGCAGCUUGGCGGAGUUUGAAUCCUUGGAGUACAAGGUGCGCAUACAUUAUCCAACGAAAUGGAAUGCACCACAGGAUUGGAACAUUUCGUUGGCCGGCUGCAAGACGAGCGCAUUUAUUGUGUAUAAGCACAAGUGCUUCUUCCAAGAUCUCAUCGAAGAUUGGGGCGAUAAGGCACGACCUGAUAUACUCAGCUUUGUGCCAUACACAUGCAAUUUCAAUAUACGUCUGCAUGAGUUUGAGAUCCUCAUGCUGUGCAAUGAAUACAAUUGGAUUGAUUGCAGCAGCGCCAACCAGGAGAACAAUCAUUUGGCCUUUUGUGGCGAUGUAUUUGAGAUGAGCUUCGCAUUGCCCUUUGAUGAUUUCCUCCCAAAGACUGUGACACUCAAGUUCUGGAUACACGGCGAAGGUCUCGACUUGAGUCUCUACGUACCGGAGGUUUCUUCGGUGCGACCUAUUAUCCUAGCGAUAGACGAGAACGCAAGACUGUUAACCCGCGAGGGAAAGCUUAUACGACGCCCUGAGCUCUACACCAAGAAAUGGCGUAAAAUCUGUCAACGCAGCGCCGGUUGGAUUGAUUGCUGGGCUGUGCCCAUAUUAGCUUUGUCCAUACAAUAUGUGUAUCAUCCUGUGCCGCCGCUUGGACCCGAUCCCCAGGCGGAUAUCACAACACCCGAAAAGGAGGAGAUUUUACUUAGUCCAAUGCGCAUACCCAAAGUACGCAAAUCUCCAGUAAGUGGAAAUUGGCAACAGAUUGAAAACAAUAAGUUCGAUCCGGGCACCUUGGCUGCGGAUCAUGUAACCGUCGAACUAGAGAUUGGAAGCUCUGUGCUGAUGGCCUAUGGCAAUGUAUUGCGUAAUUUUAUUAGCCUUAAGGAAAACAUAUUUGGCGAGGAUCAGAGUUUUACGGACAUGGAGCAAUCGAAUGUGAAUUUGAAGGAGACAAAUGCCACGCCCAAUCCCAAGGAUCAACUGCUGGCCAAAGAAAAGGAAUUGGCUAACAAAUCCAUAUCGGAGGCAGCGGCACCCGAGGAGAAACGCAAACCCUUCGAUCCGCGUCUGUAUCGACCCUUAGAGGUCAUGGUUUCGGUUAUUGUGCAUGACAUACAAGCGCAUGUGAUGAAAAAUUGCAAUCCAGAUGAUCCACCCUGUCCGGUGGUGCUCAUUGAACGCUUUGGCUUUGAGAUGAACAAACGUUAUCAUGAAACAACGCUUCAGGUGCUCGUAAGUCCCUCGUAUCUGCUCACAUCCGACACAUUGCAGCGUCAGAGACGCGAGCAGCACAUCCAACAGGGUCAUCUGUUGCUGUCGGCGGUUCAGGUGCGUGGACAUGCCAUGUUCAGCAAUGAGGGACGCAACCUGGAUGAGGAUACGCUCGAAUAUUCAUGGCUGGUGGAGGUGCAACUGGGAAAACUGACUGGAAAAUUGACACUGCCACAGCUGGUGAAUGUUGUCACUGGCUUGGAGACACUCAUACUGCUGGCCAUCGAUCCGGAGAACUGCCUAAAGUCACCGAAAACGGUGCGCAACUGCCAUCACGGUGUGCCCAGCAAUUUGUGUCCGCAAACCAAGGAGGAAAACAAGUACAAGUGCCCUUCAUCCGAGGAUAUCAAGUACAAGAUGACACGUGUCUCUGUGGAUGCUGUGGAUGUUUAUCUAAUCGAGAGUGGGACGGCAUUGCAUGCCUGGAUCUCUCCCAUACGCCUGGCCAACUGCAAUCUGCACGGACAACGUGUCAAGUCGGGUAUAUCGGGUUUAUUGCCCUCCAUUUUGCUGCGUCUCUUCAUGCUGCAUGCCGGGAAUGCGCCAAAUAGCACCUACAACACCAACACCAGCGGUAGCAAUCGCUCUGGCAAACUGCGUCGCGCCGAUCAGGACUCUCUCAAGUCACAGGAUGUACCCAGUAGCUCUCACUAUGGCCAUAAGGCCGGCAAGCGUAGCUCCAACUCAUUUUCCCAGCGUCGCGAUUCACGUGAGGAUGGCACACGUAGUAAACUGCGUGAGAACUUUACAGAUUCGCAUCCAAAACGUGCACCUGAGAUGGCAGAGCUCUCCGAGAAUUGGGUGGAGGUGGGCUGCACUUCACUCGGUCCCAUACUCCUCGAAGGUGCCUCCGCAUUGCCCAUACCCGAUCACGAACUGCAUCUCGUGCAGCACAAUUUUCUGCGCGACCAUGAUGCGAAGUUAAAGCGACUGUGGUUCCUCUGGUCCAACAAUGGCAGCGCUCUCACCUCGGGCACGGAAAUCUCUCGUUGUGGUUGCAUUGGUGGCUGUGCCUUCUUUGGCAGCAAUCGUAAUGGGCAAAAGUUCUUUAAGCCAACAGCGCAGGACGUCAAUGACAAUUAUAAUAUUGCACGCUAUUUCAUCAUCAACAAUAACAAGGACUUUGGCUUCGGCGAGAGUAUACUUCAUCAGGGUCAACUAGUCUUCCAUACGCCACCCUACAGCCUGCACUGCGUGUCUCUCUAUGACUCGGCUGAUUUUAAUGGCAAGGGCAAGCUGUAUAAACCCGCUGUGGAUUUGCGCAAUGGCAGCUUGAAGAAGUCCGACCUCUGCUCGUUGCCCGAUGGCGCCAAGUUUAAAAUAGGCGGGGGAGCUGUGGACAAACCGGAGCUCAGUAGCAGCCGAAACGUAUCACGUGAAAGCAUAGGUUCACCCAAUACUUUGGAGCGACGUAGUAAACGUUACACCUGUACAAGGCAGACAUCUGUGGAGGUGCCUUAUUCUCGUCUACUGGACAGUCCUUCCAAAAAGCUGCAACUGCAGCAGGAUUCCGUCGAUGGAGGCAACGGCAGCAGUAACAGGCGUGGCUCAGAUUCGCACAGACUUCGCGUAUCGCCGCCAAAGACAAGUAUAUCGGACUCAAGACUGACGGGAGAAGUGGCAAUUGAUGAUGAGCAUGAGAUACCCGAUGAAAUGUCACACUCGGCACCGCAUUCGCAUCCGCUUGAAUUUGAGAUUGCAGACAUUGUGUUGCAUGCUGGAGAUCAGUUGCCACGAGAGGUGCAACGCACUAUAUCGUUGACCUCGGAGAACCCAUCGGAAAUGUUCUUCUCCGCAGAGGAGGAUAUUUCCAAUGUUAUGUCACAACGUGGAUCCAUGAAACAACGCAGCGGCAAUGGCUCCAUUAUUUUAUCAGGCAAAAAACGAUUCUCCUCCGACUUGAGCAUUGGGGCGCAGAACGAGAAUGCCAGUCAUACUCUGCCCACAUAUCGCAGCGAUCUGGAGAUUCAUGCGCCGGAAAGCAACAAGACACUGCCGAAACGUCCACAAAGCACCACAGAACUGGCGGAUUCGCGAGGUUCGUCUUCGGGCACGCCUUCCUUGUCAUCAAACUCGUUUAUUUCGGCGAUGUCAUCGCAGGAAGAUGUGGCUUUGGUCAAUUUGCAUCAACAGGUCAAUCGACCCAUUAUUGAUUCACCGCUGCUUAUGGCCAGCUAUUUGAAUCAUUUGUCGCAGGUGAAAUGCUUCAAUUGGAAUGGUUGCUCUUUUCCACUGGGUCCCGAUGUCUUUUCCACACCACUUUUCCACGAAAACGAAGACGGUGGUCUCACUUACAUUGGUAGCAAAAUGCUCCCACACUUCGACUUGUAUUCAUGUUGGCGAGAGAUUAAGGUUGUGCCACGUUAUGAGAACACCACAGGCAGUAAUAGUUCGGCCACUUUCAUGGGCGGUCCAAAGUCUCAUCCCUGGGAUCCCAGUGUGCUACUCAAGGAGGAAGAGACUGAUAAGACCACAAAUGGUUUCGAUGACGGCGAGUUUAUGAGUCUGCAGGCAGAAGGCGGUGCAGCUUGUACCUCCGUGGUGGCCAGACUCAAGGGGCAACUAAAUGUCUUCCUCACCCCGCUGCUUUUGGAAGGAUUGCAACGAAUGGUAGAGGCAGCCAUACCGACCAUACAGUCGAUGCACCUUCUCUCGGUAGUCAACUUUAUACACUCUUCAUGCAUAGCCAAAGUGAAGAAUGAUAAUAUACUGAAGCGGGAUCAGAGUCUUAGCUAUUGGUCACAAGUUCACUCGAAUUCCAAGCGAUCGACAACCGAGCGCCAUUCAGGACCUGGAGAUUCGUUCUUGAGUGAUGUCUAUGAGGAAAGUAUAUCGACAAAGACACAGGGAUUGAUUGUGUUGCCCAAGGUGAGCAUAACCAUGUUGCAGUCAUCGAUUGUGGAGGAGAUUAUAUCCGUAGCAGCGUUGGAUAAUGUUCAGGAUCUGAGCUGUGUGUCGUUACUUACGUUCUAUAUGGAAGGGAUCUCGACUAAGUUCCAUCUGGGGAAAACCACACGUGCUUCCAUGCACAAUGUCUAUAUACAACAGACGGUACAAUCGGGAAGCAGUCAUAAGAAGGGCGGUAUCAUGAAGGGAACGCGUGCAUUGCUGGCGCAUCUCUCAUCACAGACGCGACCCGACAAUGUCCAGGGAGAGCCCAUACUCAUUGAGACAUCCGAGAAGCAACUGGAGGAGCUGGUCAUAACACUGGACAUUGGACGUGCUCAUGCACAGUUGCGUCGCCUCAAAACAGAGGGACAAUCGUGUGCGCCGGAGACGCCUGUAAUUGUGACUGCCAUUCCGGAGCACAAGAGUAAAGUUCUUUUUGAGUGCCUUAAGAUGCCCGAGAGCACAGGCAUCGAAAGCAUUGGCUACAUUAUGUUUGAAUGUGGUCUGGAAGGAGUAGGAGUGAAGAUUGUAAAGCGUUCGCACUUUGAGAAGUCGGAGAACAGCAAGGAGGAGCUCGCGGAAAUGACAGGCGGUGCAGAGGGCGUAGCAACAGCUGCUGGUGGCUUUAACCUCAGCGAGCUGGUGGGGACAACGGGAAACGCAGGUGGCGAGCCCACAGCUGUGCCUACCGAUGCCACAGGGGCCACCUCAAAAGCGGAAGCUGCUUGGCGUCUGAUAACCAAGAAGCCACCGACUCCUAAAACACCCAAAGAGAAAUUCCAGCAUGCCUUGGACAACAUCAUUGUUAGUGAUAGCUCUGCAACGGGUGCAUCCAAGCCGCUGCCCGAUGAGGAUGUGGAGAAGGGAGCAGCGGCCAGUGGAGCCCCAAGUGCAGGCACCCAAAAGCCAAAUGCUUCUGGCAAUGCAUCCAAGGAUGGCUACGACAAGGCCCUGUCAAAUGUCAAGGGCACCGACAAGACGUCUUCUUGUGUUAUUGAACUAAAAUCCGUGUGGCUUAAUUUUGCGGCGCCUCCAUGUGUGCCCAUCACACGCAAAAUCGAUUUGACUCGCCUUGAUUGGAAUCUAUUGAGCACCGCUUCGCCAGCAAUUACUGCCUGGAUGAAUCCGAGCAAUCGCUUAGCCAUUAAAAUUGUAUCAUUGAUGAAAGCAAUGCACACACGGCAAACUGCAGUUGCCGCUUGUCUCAUGGCUGACGCCAUGGAUAAUGAGAAAAUACAGCGCAAUCCAAAGAUUAAGAAGAGUCGGUAUGCCAACAACUAUACGCUGCUGUCCAAGACGCUACAGGAGGAUCCCAGCUGUCAGCUGUGCUAUAUAAUGCAGAAACUGGUGCUGGACGAAGGCGUGCAACGCAUCGAACAGAUAUUUAAGAAUGGCGAGGUUCCGCAUCUGAAUACCCUACGACAGGGCAUCAUCGUGCUCAGUCGCCAGUGGAAGAAUACAUUGUACAAUCCCAUACUAUUUGAGCAUCAGUAUAAGAAUAAAUUGGCACGUCCCAUCAAUGUGACAUUCUCGUUCCCGCAGAACGAGGAAGAAUGCGAGGCUGAUGAGUGUGAAGGUGAUGUUGAGAUGGGCGCCUAUGCUGGCGCCGGCGAGAAUCCGGAAGAGAACAAUACGCAAUAUGGUGGCAUGUCUUACGCCCAUGAAGCUGCUCAUCAAGGUCCAUCUUCCCAGCGUUCGACUUCGACAUCGCCCAAUAUACAUCACACACGUCGUGGCAUACAAAUGUUGCCAAUUAUCUCAGGCCUUGUGGAAAAGCAAAUGCCAGAGUUUGAAUACGGCGCGUUGCAGGAGGGUUCAUUGAGCUCAACAAAUUCGGUGAACAAAUUUUGGCUUGGCGCUGAGAAUCAUAAGGAAGACUUGUACUUUUGGAUGGCCAAGCAGCAAGAUAGCAACAAAAAGAAGGAGCACACAACCGAAAAGGAACAUACACGUCCUUCGCCACCAAAGCUUCCUGGCCAGACGCAGACACGAAAUGGCAUUAUGCAGGACUCUAUAAAGCUGCUGGAUGCUCAUCUGAUCUUUGAGCCGCUGCUCACAUGUCUAGGCGUUAUGCCACAACAAAUGAUUAACAAGUUCUCCAAUGCGGACAUUUCAUCUCUUGAAAACUUUGGCACAAAUUUGUCGCUAAUUGGCACCUUUGACUCAAUACGCGUGGACAUUGUGGUCAGUGAGGCGGGCGACAAGAAAAACAACACAAAUACGAAACCAGCUAAGUUGAGCAAGAAAUCAAAUGGUGGACGUGCCUCUAUUAUGAUGGACACACCAUUGUUUUUGUGUGAACGCGUUGGAGUUGAACUGGAGGUGUUGAAAAUGUCCGAUGGCAUGGUGGAUCAGGCACGCCAGAAUGUCAUCUACAUGUCGCGUCGUCAGCUCAAGAAACACACGAGUACUGUGAUUAACUUCAGCCUAAAUGUGCGCUUCAUUUCGCAACAGGUUAACAUGCCGCUUCUUCGCUUGUUACAUCAAAUCUGCAACAUGUAUCAGAAUGUCAAGGAUGCACAGAACGAGUUCCAUGAUCAGCCCGAGUUGAGCAAGAAAAGUCAGACCAAGGAUGAGUGUAGUUUAGCCUCUGAGCCAACGGAUUUGUUGCCUUUUGCUUCAAUUGCAGAUCGUUUUGGCGGACACGGCGGUAGUUUCUCGGAUGAGCGCUAUGACAAGUUCAAUGAGACAAUGCCUACGAUGCCGGGAACGCGAAAUCGUGGAAGUGGCCUAACGCCAAUCAUACAGUUGACGCCUUCGCCCAAUGCCAAGAACCGACCACAGAGUUUUGCACAGAAGCUGCGCUCCACGGGAAAAUCCGUCAAGGGAAAACUUGGCUACACAAAUCUUAAUGAAUCGAGUUCGUCACCAAUGCGAGACAGUCCCACUUUAUCGCUGCAUGAUCAGAAUAUACUCAAAAUGUCAACCGAAUCGAAGGUUUCGCUAAAUGGCGGCUGCGCCACAAGCGUCAGUGGCGAUUACAACAACACGUUGACCAAGUCGGGCAUGUUAGCAAUGCCUCCUUUGCUGGAGACGCCCAACUGUUGGAAGACCAUCUAUCAUCUGCUGGAGCUUUAUGGCACAAUGCCAGAGACCAAAACUGUGGUGCAGCGUAGUUCGUUAAAUGAGCACAAGAAACCCGCCCCUACAUUUGGCAACAACGAUGACGAUGACUUGACCAGUGCACCGACUCCAUUGCCACAGCAUCGCGAGAUGCAUUUGCUAGAUGGUGUGCCGCAGGAACGCACCCGUUUGAUAGUCUUUGGGGUUGCCAAAAUACACAAGACGCGUUUGUUGGCUACGCUAUCCGGAUUGAAGCUGGAAUCGGAGAUUACCACGCUUAACAGCACGGCAACAUGGCGGAAGAAGGCGCGUCCAGUUUCUUUAGAAUGCUCCCUGACCGGUCAAGUUGGACGAGCAAUGAUUGUGCUGCUCGAGGGUGUGGCACCCAGUCAGCAAACCGUUGUCAAGGUUACUGUGGGCAAAAGUCAGACGCUCUAUUCGAGCCUCUCCAAGCGCGGCAAGGAUAAAAACAGCGGUCUGCUCUCCAUUGGUGCUGUAAACAUUGAUAUACCACAACAUCCGGUGGCAUUACACGGCAUGAUGACGCGCAGCUCCAAGCAAUUGUCAUCCACGCUUCAAGAAUUACGAGUUAAGCGAAAUUCAGGUCGUUCCACGUUGCGUUCUCAUACUGCAGAGGAGCCCGAGUCACCAUUCCAUGCGCGUUAUUCUGGAGGAGCAGGCAGCGGCACAGGGAAUGCCAGUGAAAUGAGGGAGAGAACUGUUUCCGGUGGAGCUCAACAACAACCACAGAUGGCUGCACGUCGUGCAGCUCGACUGGCACAAUCCAAACCAAUGGCUGCCCAGCAAAAUGGAUUGCUUCAGCCGCUUGUGAUGCAGUUCAAUGUGCUGCUGCAGAGUUUGUCCAUUAACGCAGCUUUAUUACCUUCACUGCAGGCACAGUAUCGCAUGAAUCAUGUCAGUUCCAUGGGCGUGACAGGGCAAAGGGCCAAGUUUGUCAUCGAUUUGCCUACGCAUACGCUGAGCUUUAACACCAAAAUUCAGAAUGAAAUGAACCUGCCAUCAGAGGCAUGCAUUGGACUGCCACCUGUGCACGUGCUUGCGGAGUAUAUUCCAGACAAUCGACAGGAGAACACUGAGAGUAUUGAGGGAAUUGUGCUGCGACAAGGAGGCUAUGUGAAUGCCAGUGCCGAGAUUGGAGAAUUUGAGAGAUGUCUGACCACCGAUCUACUCAAUCACUUGGUCUUUGUGCAGAAGGUUUUCAUGCGUGAAAUUAACGAGGUGCUGCAAAAGGUUUACGGAGGUGAAAAGCCUGUGCCCCUUUGGACGGAGGAAAGUGGUGAUAAUGCCAGCGUGCAGGAGUCCACCUUGAAGCGCAUACUCUUCUCCAUUAACAUAUCCAUGAAGCGGAUACAGUUGACAGCCACAACGCCGUGUUCAUCGGCUGUACGUUUUGAGACAGGAGCUUUGGAGUUGCAGUUGUCAAAUCGUGUCAAGAAUCUGGGAGACUUGAGCAAUCGAAAAUUGUUCUUCAAAGCGCAUAUCGAUUUUAAUCUAUCGCUUGGCCAAAUUAUACGAAAUGUGAUAUUUGAUGAGGCAGAACCCGAGUUCCAACAAUAUGCCUUUUUCCAUACGACCAUCGGUCUGCGUAAUGCCUUCCAGGAUGAGCUGCCAAACGAAGACAAGGAGCUCAUAUUGCUGACGCUUAAGCGUCCCCUGGUCUACGUACAGCCGAUAGCCGUGGACAAGGCCAUAUUGGUCUGGUUAAAUUACAAGAACGCCUACGAAUAUUGGGCAGAAAAGCGUGCCAAUCUCUGUUACGAUCACACGCCUCACACAACCCAACAGGUCUUCGAUCGUGUUGCUUUUGGCCAGAUUGCCAGUUCAAAUCUGUCAACGUUAUUCCUUCAAUUGACCGUCGAGGAUAUGGGCAUUUGUUUGCCACUAAAACAGGUCAAUAAUGUGUCAUAUGCAUCCCGUCCGUAUCACCAGGACUUCGAUGCCAAAGGUGCGGUGGUCAUCACGCUUGAGAAUACAAUAAUCUCGGCCUGUAAUUCGGGGUCGCUGGUGUCGAAGGGCAAAUUCCAGGGAUUGUGUCUGCGCUUUGCCGAUGAUUUCGAGACAAAUCUGGAUGAUUGGAAGCCCAGUUGUGUGGAGCCCAUUAUGAAUGUGUGCGUUGUGUCCGAGGGCACCUUUGAGGUGUGUUCUCGGACCACGGCGGCAAAGAAGGGCGAGAAUGCCAAGUGGCUGCUGAAUGUAAAGUGGCAAAUGGAAGGCGUCGACAUUCACUUGGAUGUGAACAUUGGCAAACAAUUGUCCUCGUUGGGACACACACUCACCAUGCUCACGGGCUUCGAGGAGGAUGAGACACAAAUGGAAUCCCCGGAUAGCGAUGAGGGAGAUCAAAGCUGUCGGGAUACGUAUGUGCGGCGACGUGGGGAGUUUGAUAAUCUACCCUCGUUUGUUUUCGAUCCCACGAUUGACUCGAAGAAGCGCUCGUUUAUGAUGGAGAAAGAAAUGGCCGAGCAGCUGAAGAUUAUAAAUGAUCUGCGCACGUUGGGAGCUUCCCAUAAUACGGUGGCUCAUGAGGAGCGACGUCUUCAGGAGCUGCAGGCUAUUUGCUAUAAGUACUUCCGUCGUGAUAUGAUACAGAAAUGGAAGCGUCCCUCUCUGAGGCGGUCCUUGAAGAAUUACAGUCGUUCCCAUUCGUACAUUGGCAGUGGUGGCGUUGCUGGCGUCUCUGUCGGUGCAGCACGUGAAUUGCCCUUGGAUAAUGGCAGUCACAGCUAUGCGGGCAGACGGCUGGACACCAUUGCCUCCAAUGAUGAGAUCUCCAGUCUGCAGAGCACGCCCGCCUCUUGUCAUUCGCGGAGUGCGUCCUUCAAAACAGGAGUGGGACGCGUCACCUUCACGGAUGCCAUGCGGCAGACAUCGCUGCCCAAUGCGGACACAGAUACGGAGACAGCAGACAAUGAAUUGGAUUGGCGUACAGCUGGACAUGGCGAUGGAACGCCCAGUGAGAUGGAUGUGGAUGGCACCUCCGUGGAGAUGCGGCGCAAGCAUGCGCAUGCCCAGAAACAGCAGCCAGAGCCCAACAUAGACUUUGAGCUGGAUGUCAAGGUGUUGGUGAACUCCGGAAAAUGUGUGCUGCACACGAAGGAGAACAACAGCGCUGAGGAACGUGGAGCGGGCUAUGGCACAGCUGCCUCCAGUGUCAAGACUCAUAAACGGGAACGCAGCAUUGGCAACGAUUGGGGAAGUCCAACUCCAUCCAGACGGCAGCGUGAUAAGAGCAAACUUCGAUACACUGCAAAUGCGCACAACAAUGCGCUGCUGGCGGAUCUCACGAUCUUCCACAUACCCGGCCUGGAUGUCAAGUUGCACUAUCAAUCCCGGACUCUGCCCGAGUCGCAGGAGCAGCAGCAACAGACGCCCUCGACGGGCGGACGUCGUCUCGGCAACAAACGCGCCACGUUGAGUGCCUGGAUGACAUUGCAGAGCAUACCGGAGGAGACAAUCAUAUCGCCGCAUAUCUUGGAGUUUUUGGAGCAAACUCUCGAACCGAUUCCAACGCGACAGGCGGCGAAUAGUGUGCCUGCCACGCCCUCGCAUCAGGCGGCAGUUAAUCUGGAUAUAUUGCCAGCGAACUAUGCGACCUACGCUUCCUUCCCUGUGGAUGUCAUUGUUUAUUUCCAUAUGCAACCGUCCACAUUUCGCUUUAGCUGCCUGCCUGUUUCCAGAGUGGAGUGCAUGCUCCAGCUUCCCAGUCUGGACAUAGUAUUUAGUUCCAAGCGCAGCAGCGACGAGGAUCAGCAGCAACAACAGCAACAACAACAGACGCACUCCUCGCAAUCCCAUUCGGAACAGCAGCUGCCCACCGGUGGCUUAAGCGUAACCGGUUGCCUGGCCGACUUUAAUGUAUACAUCUUUCAUCCUUAUGGCGGCAAAAAGACGUCCAAGGAGACACAGUUCUCACCGCUAAGCGACAGCGAGCGCAAGGAUUCCCUUAGCAUUAACGUGGAAUUUGUCAAGUUUCAUAUCACAAGAUGUAGAAAAGUUUAUAUUGAACCAUUGCCCAGCUCGAAGCGUGCGUUAGAUCAAUCUCGUGCUGUCAUUAGGUUCUCCACAAUUGUGGACAUUGGCAGUGCGAGUUUUAAGUACGAUAUGCGUCGUCUCACUGAGAUUUUGGCUUUCCCCAAAGCCUGGUACAGGCGUCGCAUUGUAAGGCGUCUUUUUCUUGGAGAUCUAAGUGUGCAUCAACAGCAGCAACAACAACAACAACAGCAGCAGCAGGCUGGCACGGAAACGCCAACGCCCACACCAACACCAGCCACGCCCACGUCGAGUGAGGGGCGCAGCAAGGAUAAGCUGCGUUUGGACUUUGAUAAUCAACAGGGAGCACAGCAAUCUCCGCCAGCCAUACAACCACUGGGACAUUUUGGAGCUGUGCGUAAGCUCAAAUCCUUGAGUAAAUCCUCCAGCGCUGAAUCCUCAGGUACGCCGCCUUCGGAGAAGAAUCAGAUAACCGCAUGGGAAACUCUAGUAAUCUUUGCGGUGAACUUUACCAAGCUGAAUGUCCAGAUGAACAUUGGCAAUGUGUGUGGCAAUGUGGUGUGGCUAACGAAGGAUUUUCGCUCGGAUGGACGACUCUCCAUCGGCAGCACGGGCUGCAAGAAUAUGUAUGCAGGCAUCUAUCUGGGAGGAUCAGCGUUGGAUGCCAAGGGUGGUAUUGUGGGCGGCAGUUUUGAGGUGAAUAAAAUCAAUAAACGAUUUCACAUUAAGGAGGAAUCCGGCAUGGAACCUUAUCACACGCUUGGCUUGAGUUUUAUGGCAUUGGAGUUGCGUUUGGAUUACAUGGGCACUUCCGUGCUGAUGACACGCGUCAGCACCUUUGCCGCGGCCAUGAAGGACGAGUGGAGAACUGCCUCACAGGCUGCGGCUUGUGGCAAGGAUCAGCCACGUGCGUUGAUCUUUAUACAUGGUGAUCUCAGUUGGGAUCAAUUGCAGAUCAUGAUCUCCAAGUCGACAACGGCGGAUCUUAUGAAAAUGUAUUACAAACUGGAGGAAUUCUUUACGCAACAAUUUAAGUCUUCGAAGCGUGUCUUCUCCAGCCUCGAGCCGCGUCUCCAGGAUCGCACAGCGAGCAUCAAGCGUCGCCAGCACCUGAAAAAGAAACCCAAUGGUGAAUUGCCAGCAGCUCCUGUUGCAGCUGGCAAUUUGAAUGGUGUGGACAACACGGAUGCACGUCAUCAUCGGCAUUGGCAGAAGCCCUUGGCUCAGGCAAUUGGUCUGGUGGUGCCAUCGCUAGUGACUCGCUUGCCGCGACAUGGCAACGUUCUUGGCGGCACCGUGGAGUUGCGAGGUCAGCACAUUUCCCUUGCCUGCUUCCAUGGCAUCAACUUCAAGUCCAAGGCUUGGGCAUUGUUCAGCUUAAAGACACCUUCAAUUAAUUUUGCCACCGAGGCGCGUCAACUGGAGGACACCAGCGAGGUGCUUGUUACACAGACUCUCACCUCUUGUCUGGGACAGACAACGGAGGUGCAGCAGCAGCAGAAUCACUCCAUGGCCAUCGUCAGUCGCAUCACGAGGAACAUCAUCUUUCCGCCGCAGUUCAAGACCCUCAACGAGUGGUUCCAUUACGCUUUUGCCAAUAGCGAGAUCGAUGCUGUGGACCGUUUUCCCAUGCUGGAGUGCGAGCGUGAGAUAGCCUCCAACUCCAUUGAGCGAACGAGAGCCUCGGGCAGCAGCACCUCGGCCAAAUCGCAGGAGCACAAUCACAAUCGUGAGGUCAUCUUUGCCCUGCCCAGUCUGCAGCUGCACUUCAAGACCGAGCACAAGCAGGGACCAAGCACCCCAGAACCAAGUGAAACCAAACCGGAAGUAUUGUGUAGCUUCAUAACCGAAUUCGAUGAUCAUAUAUUUGUCACAGUGGAUGCAGAUGCAUUCUUCUUUCUACACGAUCUGAUAACGUCCUAUGUGACUGAAAAGGAGAAAGUGAUUGGAGCACAAUCCGCCCGAGCAGCCUCGCCAAAUCUCUCACAGAAAGCAAAUUUGAAGACAUAUUUAACAGAUGAGAUCCUCAAGGAGAAGAAAUGCUCCUCUAAUUCGAACUUGACUGUGCAGGGCAAGCAGCUGAGCGAAAGCAAAAGCAGUUUGGAGCUAUUGCAAGGCAGUCAUUCAAAUUCAGCCACCUCGACGAACGCAACGACAAACAUGACGACAACAGCAGCAAUCACAACGACAACGACAACAACGACGAUGACGACAACGGCAACAACGCCAUCAGCGACAACAACAGCAAAUGUGUCUACAAGCGAUGCCAAAGAUAUUGGAGGAGCACAGGCUAAGCCAGGAGCAGAUGGAAAUGCUCAACUGCCCAGCUUUGAUAUUGAGUCAUUUGUGCGGGAUUGGCGUCACUUUGAGUGCCAAACGUGGCAUCUGGAGCCCACAGUGCGUCUGUUAUCCUGGGCAGGAAAGUCUAUUGAACCCUAUGGCGUCGAUUAUAUACUCAAUAAGCUGGGCUUCAGUCAUGCCCGCACCACCAUACCAAAGUGGUUACAACGCGGCUUUAUGGAUCCACUGGACAAGGUGGAGGCACUCAUCAUGCUGCAAUUGCUGUUGAUGGUGCGCGAGAAUAAAUCUGAUUCUGGCAAUGCGAAGCAGAAUCAUCGACCUGCUGCAAACUAGCCAUGGCAAGGCAAUAAGCCAGCAUUGAGAGCAGUUCAUCAAUGACAAUUACCAAUUCUUUGGAUAUGUUUAUUAAAUAAUUUUAAUCAGCAAUGUAUAGUAAUGUUUUGCCAAUGUAAUUUUGUAAUUUGUAAUUUAUUAAUUAUGUAAUUUGCAUAUCGAUUUCAAUUCUUUUGAGAAUGUUUAAUUAAACUCAAGAUACUCGUAUUAAUACUAAUGUUAGCCAAUUAGGCAGCUUUGUUGUAACUGUAAAUUUGUAAUUUUUUUGCUCGCGUUCUUUUUUUCGAAAUGAAUGUAUGAAUGUAAAGUCAAGUGCUUCAUGUAAUUUGCUCAAUUUUAGCGCUUUAUAACUGUCAUAUAAAUUAAUUAUUAUAUCGUUUGUAAACAGAUAGAUUGUGCAACCCCAUGAGCAAAGCCAAUGUUUAAACUAUAAGUAGCUCUAAUUGAUAUAUACAUUAUACAUUUUGAAGCAAACUGUGUAAGUUUCUAUAUAGAAAAUAAAGUGAACUUUUCAAAGUGCAUACUUACCAAAAACAAA